AUGAAGGAGGUCAAAGUGUGGUUCCAGAACAAGAGGUCGAACUACAAGAAGGCGAUGAAGGUCUUGCAAGCGGGAGGUGACCCCGGCCUGCCCAAGGGCGCUCCCGUCGUCCCGGGAUCUCCUCUCUGCUCGUCGCCCGUUUCGGCGACUUCGCCACUCCAGCCCUACACGACGCCCCUUCCGAUCAGCCCCCCGUCGCUGACCCACUCCCCGAAUCAGAUGCCUUACUCCCACUCGACUUCGCUCGUCUCCUCUCAUUCGCACAACCCUUAUUCUCUGCCGAAAAAGACGGACGGCCUGGGCGAUUCUCAAGGCCUCGAGAGCUCUCGCGAGAUGGGGGCCCACACCCCUAGCAUGGGCCACCCUCCUCCUCCUCCCCCUCCCCCGCAUCCACCUCAGUCCUCACAACAUAUGGGACACCUACCGCAACAGUAUUCCCCAUACACGCCUCCUGAGUCUCACGGGCACCUUCAAGUCUCUCAGCCACAGGACAUGCCCAAUCCACCGUCGCCCAACGCGAUGUCCAGCGCCGGCCACCAUCCCCCUACUUCUAUAGCAAGCCACUGCUAUCAGCAGCAGCAGCAGCAGCAACAGAGCCACCUGUCCCAUUACCACGCCCAUCAUCCGAGCCACAGCAGCCCGCUGCAGUCGUCCCAGGACUCGCCCCACAUGAGUCUCUCAGGGUCGUCCUCCUGCCUGCCCCAGUCCCAGAACCAUCUUCUGUAUCCACCUGUGAAGGAGGAGUACUUGCCUCCUCCUCCUCCUCCUCCUCCGCCGCCAUCCUCAUCGCCUCAGGUCCCGAACAGCAGCAUAGCGCAUCAGCCCCCGCCCCCUUCUUCGCCCCAGAAUUCCUACCACUGGCAGCCCGUGAAGCAAGAGCACCCAUCAUACCCUUACUCUUGGUACAACUCGGAUCAUCUGCACCUUUACCAUUAA